UCUGAGGCGCCAGAACAUCCUUUGCCAGCUACUGGUAGUAAACAAACCAGAAGUGUCACAAAGCCUAAAGAGAUAGAAGAUGACCAGCUUUCCAUUGAAGAAGCCUUGAACUGUUUGAAUAAAAUUAAAGGUAGUGCCUCAAAAAAGAAUAUAGCUUUGCAGGGUCCUUUGAAGACUGUGGAAAAGAUUGCACAAGAGAGAGGCUUGGCACCAGAAGAAAUUCAUAACUUGCUGAACAUCACACUCAGUGGCAAGCUUGGUACAGUGAUAAGCACUAGGCUACUGAAGAAUCUGAUUCCCAUUUCCGUAAUAACAGAGGAUUCUGUUAUUUCAGCUGUGUCUUGGCUUUGUGCUCGCAAGUGUUCUAAUGACAUUCAGGUGCUCGUUCUAAAAUGGCUAAUUGUAAUGUUUGACUUCAUUGAUCAGAAGGAAAAUAUUAAUGCUCUCUAUGGUUUCUUCUUCAGCUUCUUACGAUAUGACAAAUUGCUCCCCUUUGCCUGUCAUGUGCUGUGUUUGCUGACCAGAAUGGAGAGUGUGAAACCUUUCCAUGUGAGGAAACUUCUAAAUUUACACGGCAGCAUGACAUCAGCUUCUCUGCAGACUCUGCUAUGGAAGUACAAGAUCUUUGCUCCUGAAAUGGUAACAGUAACUUUGCCUACAAAAACAAAGAUGUCAUUUAGGACUUUUUCACAUCCGUGGAAAACAGCAAUUGACAAUGUAAAACUGCGAAUUCACGGAACACCAUCUGCAUCCCAGCUAACUUUAAAAUGCAUGGAGUAUCCCCAAUCUCAGAAGAAGGAAAGGAAUACAAAGUUGAUUCCGCCUGUAUGCAGCUCCAAUGCAGAAAGCUUAGCUGAGAGUGAAAAGCAUAAAUUCUUUUCGUUGGAACAGCUGCAGACCUUCCCCCAGCUUCUGCAGAACGUUCAGUAUUUAGAGCCUCCAGCCCAAAUAGGCUCGGUGAUAGGCAAUCCUCUGUUGCUCCACUACUUCAGUCUCAAAGAUAAAUCAGUCUUUAGGAGGAUGCAUUACUGGAUGGGUCAUACAUUAAAAGAAGGAUGCCCUUGGUAUAAGAUGAUGAACCAGGAAGAUGAAUUGAACUUCAAGGUCUUCUUAGAGGAAGUCUUCAAAGCAGAGUGUUUCUUGCAGAGGGGUUUCUUGGCCUGUGAAGAAUUCUUGUGGAAGAGUCUGCGCUUCUGGGAUGGCUGCUGCUGUCAGUCACAGGUCCUACAGCUGGUGAGAUGGAUCUCUCCCAACAGCUUCUCAGAAAUGAAGACUUAUCUCUACCAGCCAUUGUUGAAGCUUUUUUCCAUAUCAUCUCUUUAUUUUAAGUAUGAAGUUCUUGAAAGCCUAAGGGAACUGUUACUGAACAUGCUGAAUUGCCACAUGCAAGCAGACAUGGCAACAGAAUCAAAUGUUGAUGUGUUGAACACCACCCAAGUUGACCUGAUAAGCUCCUUGGCAGAGCUCAUUCACUUUGUAAACAGGCUCUCAACUGUUGGUCUGUGCUUGGAGAACAACUCUACUUUGUUGAUGAAUGUUAUCCUGGAUUUCUAUGAGACAGUAUCCGAUAUAUAUCUGAAGUACAACCUCCCCUUGGUUAUUAUGCUUCCUACUGGAGUCUUCUAUCCAGCACUUCUCAGCAUGAAUUCUGCUACACUUGACCAACUCUGCUACAUUAUGUACAGGUAUCGAAUCAACCUGGUGGCUGCAAAACAAAAACCCCAGAUUAAAAAGUUCAAGUUGAGCCACCAGAUUUGCCAGGAAUACAACCGAUAUCUAUCAACCAUAGUUGGGUAUCUGUGGACCUCACAAGCAUUCCAGGAGUCCCCCUGCCCUCAGGGGAUUCAGCUGGACCCAGAAGUGCUGGAGAUGACAAGGGUGAAGGACCACAGGAAGGGCUUCAAUGUAGUUUUCCACCCUGCACUGAUGGGAUAUGCUAUGCUCUUCUUGAAGAAGAUGCAACCAGAGGACACAACCCUGAACUUCAGAUUCAUUCGGGGGGCAAGGUGGGGAUGGUACCAGGAAUUUCUCUACUCCCAAGGAUUACAAGGCCUGAAGCUUUUCAUCGAAAGUAGCAUUUGCCAUGCUCCUCAAGAGAAAGUAAGGCAUUAAUGGAAACAACAGAUUGAUUCUUACAGUCUGUUAUGAACUAUCAAGCUAUUCUUCAGAAAAGAAGAGGAAUAUUUUUUAAAAAAAUGUGUAUUUAUUAAAAGAUUUUAAUGAGUAACAAAAGUGCAUUUUAAUGAGUAACAAAACUGUUUUCAGACACCAUGAUAAUUUCCGGUCCGUGACCAUAA